AAAAUUCAUCACUGGUUCAGUUGCGUGUUUACGCGGGAGAUACUCAGAACAACCCAACCUCAAAUGCGCGUCCCAUCUCCGACCGUAAUAACUCCUGAGUCCCGUUAAAGGCUUUUGUUUUACGACAAAUAUGGAACUUCUCGAGAAUCCCGCUUUCAAAACCAAAUACUUGAAGAAUAAGCUUCGUGUGAAAUUAUGGGAGAGCGAUUUUAUGGAAAAGUACGGACGUAAACCUAACAAGAAUGACAUAAAAGAAGCUGAUAUAGCUAUUAAAGAAUCAUACAAGAUGUAUUGGAAAUUGAAGACGCGCGCGCUCGAGGAAACUCUCACGGAUAUCACUUUCUGCGACGAUGUGCAAGACAAUGUUUCUAACGAAUCGCCGCAGAAACCGAUGAGCGACGAGAGACACGACAAGAAGCCGAGCCCGGAGAAAAUCACGAAAGACGCGGAGAAUAUCUAUCCACACAAUAAACUGAUCACAGACACCGAGAAAUCGAGUCCUGCGAACGUCAAGGGAGUCUGGGGUGAUCAUUUGAACAAGAGCAAGGAACCAGCGCCGAAGAGGAAGCAAUCUUUACUGAUCGGUAGAUCCUCGUCCUUCCAGCUGUCUAGAAACAAAUUUGAGAGUUCUGCCUUCACGAAACGAAACCCGAGGAAAUCGUUGUCGUCGGCUAAGAUAAAAACCAAGUCCGAGAAGACCACCUCGAGCGACUCGAACGUCGAUCACAAGACCGCGACUUUAGAUGGCAGAAAUAAUCUCGAAGCCGAAGAGACGAAGCUCGUGUUCGGCGAGCCGAUGAAGGUAACGUUCGAGGGAAGCAAACCCGUGCUGCACUCCAUUAACGCGGUCCAACAACUGAUUGACGGCCACGUGACCGGUGUGAGCCGCAACCUGAAUCCGGGAUGGCUGGAUCGAUGCACGAAGGACAGUAACAUGGAGAUGUCGGCGUUCACCACCACACAGAGGCUCUCGAACACCAGCGACUCCGGAGUGGAGUCCAUGGAAUCCAGCAUACACUCCCCGAAGGACUCGGUGUCCACCGCGGUAAAUCCCUGCGCUGCGUCGCCCCAGCUUUCCGACGAGGAGGAUUUCAUAUGUAACAGCGACUCCGAGGAGGAGCGUAGGAACAAACGUGUCGGGAAUUUCAAGAAACGCUUGAGCGACCAAGAGGGUCGCCCCGCGAAGCGACUAUGCAUCCAAGUCGACUCCAACGAUGCAAUCGGCAUCGAUACCUUCCCACUGAUUCCCAACAUUGACAGGAGUUUGAAUCUAGUACAUACUAAAACUGACAAUAUUAGCGCGUUUAAUUUGACUCCCGAUGUUAAUGCUGGCUUCAGUCUGUCGGACGAAUCUGCAAGAACUCUGAAAGCCGCCAAAAACCCACAUGUUGAGUCGAAUAUUAUCGUCAAAGACAGAGCAAUAACUGAGGAUAUUUCACAGGCCGAAACCGAGCGAGCCAAAUGCAACUCCAAGACGGUGGAUACUACUUCCAAAUCGGUUGAUUUGAACCGAGAAGACUCCUCUGUUCCCGCAGAGAAAUCAACGAAGUCACGCACAUCGCAUCGCAGCGCGAAACAAACUCUGUCUGACGACUCUGAUUCUGAUUACGUGGAAGAGAGUAAGAAAAAUAGGAAGACUAAGACAAAAAUGAAAAAAAGCGUCGCAGGGACACGUUCAGUUAAGAAAUCUACGGGCGAACGAAGUAAGAGAAAGCCGACGAGUAACGGAGAAAAUUCCAACGUAAGGAGAUCUACUAGGACGCGACCGAAUUUAAGGAAGGAUGACGAAGAACGAAAUUCGGAGUCGGAAACUGAGAAAAUUCUUAUAUACGGUGUGGAAACGAUCGAGGCAGUUCCACGCUUCGCAAUGAAGCCCACAGGAACUGGCGAUCUCAUCGCGCAGUUCUCCGAAUCAGUUUCCGCCGUUGAGUCUGAGAAAAACGUUUCCGUACCUUCGAAGACAAAACUGACCGACAAAGAGAAGCUGCAAAAGAAAAUGGCCGCUGGAACAAUGAACGACAACUUUGUCAGGAUCAACCUGAAGAAGAAAGUGUUUGUUAGAGGCAAGAAGAAUUUCAACUUUUCCAAGUACAAGAAGAAUCAGUGGAAACAAAGGAAGAAGGACUUAGCGUCCAGCGAGAGCAACUUGGACGCGGCUGACCUGAUCGACAAAAACGGCAUGACGUGCUUCAAGUGCGGAGAGUCUGGACACUUCGCCAAGAAUUGCACGGUUUCCAAGGGCGAUGCUCUUCUGCCUCUGAAGGAGAUCGACGAAUCGUCGAGCUUCCCGACUUUGGAGGAAGCCGAAAGGAUGGCGAGUCAGAACGCCAUGAUCGCUCACAGCCACAAGAUCGACCAGCUCCCCGAAAGGCCAUCUUUCUUCAUUGCAAAACCUUCAGAUUCCCAGUAUGAAGAAAAGGAAAAAAAGGAAGGAAAAGAAGAUGUGGAAGAACUCAUGGCGAAAUUAUUCAGUGACGACUUUGCGGAUUCCGUUGAGGAGAAGGAUACGCCUGCACUCGGACACAAGAUACCACAAGAACUGUUAUCGCGACUAUUACCACCUCAAAUGGAGACAGUCAAUCCGUUGUAUCCUACAAACGAAGACGGUAGCCUCGUCGAAACCCCGCCAGAAGUUUUCGAGACGCUACGCAUGUUCGGCCACGACAGCUUCAAAACCGGCCAGGAGAAGGCGGUGAUGAGGGUGCUGUCCGGCCGGUCCACCCUGGUAACGCUGUCGACGGGCUCCGGGAAAUCCCUGUGCUACCAGCUACCGGCCUACUUGUAUUCGCAACACUCACGCUGCAUCACCCUCGUGAUCUCGCCGUUAGUAUCCUUGAUGGACGAUCAAGUGACGGGCGUGCCUCUCUUUCUGUCCGCUGCGUGCUUGCACACCAGCCAAAGUCCGAAAGUGAGGGAGCAAGUGAUGCAGGCGGUGAAGGACGGCAAAGUGAACAUCCUGCUGGUGUCGCCGGAAGCGGUGGUGGCCGGUGAGAAAUCCACCGGCUUCGGCGCCCUGUUCAGGCAGCUACCGCCGAUCGCGUUCGCCUGCAUCGACGAGGCCCACUGCAUCUCCCAGUGGUCGCACAAUUUCCGGCCGUCCUACCUGAUGCUCUGCCGGGUUCUCAAGAAGAAAUUCGGCGUGAAGACGGUGCUGGGACUCACAGCAACCGCCACGCGAGCAACGGCGGAGAGUAUAGUAAAUCACCUGGAUCUACCUGACGGCAUGGCUGGAGUUAUAUCGGACGUGCCGAUGCCCAAGAACCUCGUCCUGACAGUCUCCAAGGAUGAGAACAAGGAUCACGCUCUGAUAGCGCUGCUGAGGAGCGAAAGAUUCCAGGAGUGCAAUUCUGUGAUAGUCUACUGCACCCGCAGGGAAGAAUGCGCGAGGGUCGCAGGCUUGUUGAGAGUGUCUCUACAGGAUCCGCGAAAUCCUGAGAAGCCGAACGCAAAAGUAUCCACGAUAGCCGAAGCCUACCACGCAGGCAUGACGGCGCAUCGACGUAAGGUCGUGCAAAAGGAGUUCAUGAGUGGAAAAAUUAAGAUCGUGGUCGCCACCGUGGCGUUCGGGAUGGGUAUCAAUAAAUCGGACAUUCGUGCAGUCAUUCACUAUAACAUGCCCGGCACCUUCGAAGGAUACGUGCAGGAAGUCGGUCGUGCCGGUAGAGACGGUCUCACGGCGCACUGCCACCUAUUUUUAAAUCCGAUGGAGAACAGCGAUAAGUGGGAGUUACGCAGACACAUACACGCAAAUGGCGUCGACAGACACACGAUCAGGCAUCUGCUGCAGAGAAUAUUCAUUCCUUGCUCUUGUGCGAAAAUAAACUCCAAGGAUUCUGGUCGCAGGUGUCCUGGCCACGAGGUCGCCCUUCCGAUCGAUGAAACCGUUCAAGCCCUCGACAUCACGGAAGAGACGAUCUCGACGUUACUGUGCUAUCUUGAACUGCAUCCGAAGAAAUUUAUCACCGUACUCUCGUCCGUAUACGUGCGAGCCCGAGUUUCGAGCUAUAAUGGGCCACAAGCUCUCAAACAAGCGGCGCAAUCUUCUCCACCGCUCGCGAUGGCGAUAGCGCUAGACAUGCAAAAGGGAAUCACGCACGAAGACAGUAACAUUAUAGAGUUCCCAGUUAUCGACGUUGCAUCGGCCAUCGGUUGGGACAGCGGUGUGGUGAAGAGCCACCUUAAAAAUCUAGAAUGGACGACGGCAGCUGACGGCCGGAUGAAGCGCUCAUCUAUAUCGAUGCAUUAUGACAAGCUCGGCUUACGAGUGAAAGCGCCGGGCGAUCUCUCCGACGUCGAGCUGGACGAAGCGCUGGACGCGCUGAUCGCACGCACUCAAUCUCAGGAAUCUUCAUGUCUGCGCCAGCUCGAGAUCAUAUCCACCGCACUCAACAAAAUCAGCGUAUCGUCGAUCAAGCACUGCUCGGUCUUGGACGACGAUGUCGCGAAGAGAUCGGAAGAACUCAAGGACACCGUCCGAAAAUACUUUCAAUCGGAUACUCCUUUGGAUGACGUCGGCAUAAGUUUACAGGACAAAGUGGCGAACGAGCAUCAGAUCGCCGCCGACGUACGCAGCUUGGUAUUGUGCUACAGAGACACCAAGUUCACCGGUCGCGCCGUGGCUCGCAUAUUCCACGGAAUACAGAGCCCGAAUUACCCCGCAGUGAUCUGGGGCAGGUGUCGUUUCUGGCGGGCUUAUCUCGCCGCGAACUUCAACGGCAUUUGCCGAAUUGCCACCAAAGAGAUCUUGGCGCUGCGAUGAUAGUGAGAUCGGGAAAAUACACGUUGAUAAUAAUGGUCAUAAGAGAACACAAUUAACACGCAUUCUACAAUCAGUGUCUUCUUGUCGAUCGAAUAGACAUAAUUUUAAUCCGCGUCAAGAAGCGAUAGACUGAUACCACGAUGCAAAUGUCUUCAUGUUUGUUAAAUGAGACUUAGAUCGGCUGAACUGUCGAUACGAUGAUUGUCAGAUAAUGAGAUACGUCUAAGGGAUAACGCGGUAACUUAUUUUACGUUUGAAUAUACAGGGUGUCCCAGAUUACCAUUGUCAAAUUUCGCAUGAGCAUAGAACGGAUUGAAGUUAACAUAAAAGUCCCGUACUAUUUUGCGAUAUUCGUAUUAAAUCUCGAGAUAUUAAUUAAAAAAGACUGAUGAAUGAUCACGCGCGAUACAAUAGAUGAGCUGUAGUAGCGCCAUCUACUAUUGUAUUAUGCAUUUAUGUAUUGUACUAUGCAUUAGGUCGAACUGAACAAAAAAGUUCUCUACCAAUUUGCAAAUGACCACAUAGAUUUUUAGAUAUUAAUUAAAGAAAAUUUGUGCAUUAUCGCGCACGAUCAUGUAACAAUUUUCUUUCAUUAAUAACUAAAAAUCUAAAUGAUUAUUUGCAAAAUGAUAGAGAGGACUUUUUAAUUUGACUUAAUAUGCAAGCACACAACAGCCAUUAUACACAUCUACCAUAUCGUAAUUAUUCACCAAUCUUUAAUUAAUAUCUUGAGAUUUAUUAUGAAUAUCGCAAAAAACGAUAUGGAACUUCUACAUUCACCCCAAUCCGUUCCUAUGCUCUCGCGAAAUCUGAGAACGAUAAUCUGGGGCACUAUGUAUAUAUAUAUCGAGUUUGAAUUUUUUAAUAUAAGAGGAAGAUUAAAUAAAAACAUUGUUAUAUGUGUUUUAUGUAAUAAAAUACAUUUAGGGAAUAACAUAGUAAUAUAUUUUAUAGCAAGUUGGUGUAUCUUGACUAAAGGGAUUUUACUGUAAGCCUUCCUACGGGAUUGUAAUAAAAAAGAAGAAACGAUAUAAAAUCA